AUGGCAUUAGCACAGAAAUAUGGGAAGCAUGAUAUAUUUCCUACAAUGACUUGCAAUCCACUCUGGCUCGAGAUUGUAGCUAAUUUACGUUCCAGUCAAUCUGCAUCAGAUAGACCUGAUUUAACAACUAGAGUAUUCCGUGCUAAAUUCGAAGAGUUGAAAGAAGAUAUAUUUAAAAAUAAUGUACUAGGAAGAGUAGCUGCUCAUGUUCACGUUAUUGAGUUUCAUAAAAUAGGUCUACCUCAUGUCCAUAUGUUGAUCAUAUUGGAAAAAGAAGAAAAGUUACAACGUCCUGAUGAUUAUGAUCGUAUAGUUAGAGCAGAAAUCCCUGAUAAGAAGAAAGAUCCUGAAUUGUAUAAGUGUGUGAAAAAAUGGAUGAUUCAUGGUCCGCGUGGAAGCAAGUGUAUGAGGGAAGGGAAGUGCAAGAGAGGGUUUCCGAAACAAUUUUCUGAAUGUACCGUGCAAGGAAAAGAUGCUUACCCAGUCUACUAG